AUGGAUCAAUUAAAAAUUAUGCAAACGGUACCCGCAUUUACCGUGUAUCCUAAUGAAAUGAAUAAAAAAUUUACGCAGUAUAAUUCUUUACCUACUUCUCAAUAUAUUCAUUUUUCUGACCCUCUGCCUACAGAACAAGCAAGUUCGUCUAGUACCACUUUACCUGCGGUGGAAUAUAUUUCAUCUGAUGAUGACCCAGUUAUUUCAUCAUCUCAAAGUACCAAGGGAAAAAAUAAACAACCACUAACUAAAGAUGAAAAUACUGAUAAUAGAUUAUGGUCUGAUUCGGCGAUUAAAUUAUUACUUGCUCAUUUGUCUGAGAAUUUUUCUAGUUAUC